CCUCAAUGGAAGCGAGAGUUUAACGGGAAAAACAAACCACAGCGGAGCUUAAAGUCCAGUGACGUGGCUGCUUGAUGGAGAAGUAAAGGCAUUCAUUAAAGCAGCUUACUUUUCCUGAUCAGCUCUUCUUCGAAUGGUUCACCUAAGAGAUUGGACUGUGUCAAGAUGUCAGACAAUGAAAGCUCCGCAAGUGACCAAACAGAGAAAUCAAUGGACCAGGAGCCCAAAGAGCCAUUAUCACCUACCCACGAUGAGCCCUCUGCUGAUACUCAGAGAGACAGCUCAACUGAUGUAGCUCCAACCCGUAAGACCAGGAGGAGACCAGAUCACAAACCUCCACCUGAGGACCAGAAGAUCCCAGAGACACCAAAACCAGCUGAAAAUGAUGCAAAAUCCUUCACGGAGGCCACUGUUUCCCAAGGAGGGUGGGGUUACUGGGGCAGCUGGGGAAAGUCUAUCCUGUCCACUGCUACUGCCACUGUGGCAACUGUGGGUCAAGGAUUGUCACAGGUCAUUGAGAAGGCAGAGACAUCUCUUGGAAUCCCAAGUCCUGAGGAGCUUUCUGCUCAAGUGGAGGAGGAGGAGGAAAAAACUGACGGCUCAGCCAGCAGUGAGGCAAAUAAAGAGGAAGGUGAGAGGUCUUAUGGAAUGGGUGGUGCUAUGGGAAUGAUCUCCUCCAGUAGUAUGGGAAUGCUUUCUUCUUUAACCAAUGUUGUUCAAAGUACGGGUAAAACAGUAAUAACCGGUGGUCUGGAUGCAUUGGAGUUUAUUGGGAAGAAGACUAUGGAUGUGAUAGCAGAGGGAGAUCCCGGCUUUAAGAAAACAAAGGGGCUGAUGGUCAGAAACACAACACUGUCACAGGUGUUAAGGGAGGCAAAAGAGCGUGAGGAGCAACAGACAGCUGAAAAUGUCACUUCGGAAACAGUCAAGAAGGCUCAUUAUGGGAUGUUGUUUGAUGAGUUCCAAGGGCUGUCACACCUGGAGGCUUUGGAGAUCCUCUCAAGAGAGAGUGAAGCUAAGGUGAAAUCUGUGUUGACCACUCUGUCCGGUGAGGAGUUAGCUAAACUGAGAGAGGAAAUACAGGAGAUUAAAGAGCCUUUUUCCCUCAUGGAGUUUGAUGAUGAGAUGGAGGAUGAUACAAAAGGUGAUGAUGGAGAAGAUUUCUUAAAAGAACUGACAGAUGUUCUUGAAAGACUUCACACAUCUACAUCAGCAGACAAGCUUGGCAGGGCCAGAAAGAACGCAUUCAAUCAAAUCACAAACAUGAAGCCACAAAGUGAAAACUCACAGCAAGAACAGGAGGAGAACUUGCAGGAAACAACAGUGACAAAAUGCAGCAUUGAGGAGGCCCAUUUGUCUGCCAUUACAAGCCUGGCCGAGUUCACAGCCAGAUCCAUAGAGCAGUUCCACAAAACUGCCGAAAUGCUGCUUUACUGUAACACUGAGGAGGUGACAGCUGCAGAACAAGCCAAAGUCUUAUCGCAAGUUACCAUCAUUAUUUGCAAGGAGAUAUCACUACUAUCCAAAAAGUUCACGUCGUGUUUGACUACCAUUGGGGCACACGAAAAGGGAGAGGCUCUCAAUCCACUUAUUACCAGUGUUUUUCUGGAGGCUUCAAACAGUGCAUCAUAUAUCCAGGACGCGUUCCAGCUGUUAAUGCCAGUGCUGGAAGUGUCUCAUAUUCAAAAAACAGUUGAAUCUGCACAGUGAAAACCACUCCAAACACUUUACUGUGCCAGCAAUGGAUUUUAAUAACAUAAAACCCAACAUGCAACAUCUUACGAUGGAUGUAAAUCUGUUUUCGGUUCAGUAAUCUUGUGCAGUUAUCCACUUGGUAAGCACAUACUGAAUGGAGUGCACAGCUUGCAGUUGAUUGUUAACUGUAAAUACAUUGCUGUUGGCUUUUCCUAUUUUAGUAUAUAUUUUUUGAAUAGAUUGUGUCAGAACUCUCCCUAUUACUGUCAAUGUAUAAAAGAAUACAGUAAUUUCUUUUGUCAUGUCUAAAUGUGUAAUGAAAUGGAUAUAAUCUUAUUUUUAAUCUUUAAAACUUUGGUUUAUGAAAGUCAUAGUAUUAUCUGUAAGUUACCUUUUAAAUAAACAAUUGAGUGUAUUCUGGA